UAUAAUACAAACUGCAAAGUCCUUCUCUGCAAGGACAUUUCAGUAACAGGGCUGCAAGUGAGAAGAGGAAGAAGAUUAUGGAGUGUCGGCAAGUAAGACAACUGGGUCACGAAAGCGACUCGGAAAACCUGGCAGAAACGCUGUAAAAAAAACUACCCUGACCACCACCAUCAAACCCCAGGGCCAAGCGCCCGGAAAGCGUCGCAGUCGCCAUUUACGUAUCCAAGGCGCAAAGAUGCGUAAAGACUGGUGACAAACUCCUGCCGCUGCAACCUCCAUUUUGCUUCCUGGCAGAGAAGAACACGGACCCGUUCCUCACUGGCACUUCGCCCAUCCGGAGGACGUCAGCCUCCUCCCCUUCGAGAGCCCCUGCGAGGUAGCCCGGUGGCGAGGAACCAGAGCACGGCAAGCUAACCCAGGAACCGAGAAACCCCGAACCCUGGGCUGCCCUCACUGAACGUGGCGGCAGAGCCGCGUGCGGGCUCUCGGCGCAUGCGCCCUCCUCUGUCCCCGCCUCCUAGGGGGCAGACCUCCGGUGGGAGUGGGCCCGAACUCUGCGGCCCUGCCUUAAGUCAUCCUCCGGCGUCACCCUGCCCCGCUCUGGAGAGAAAGCAUGGAGCCGGGGUCUGCGGCCCCCGACGGCGGGGACAGGCCCGCCGCCCCCUCGGGCCUGUCGGCUUCUCAGCGUCGAGCGGAGCUGCGGAGGAGAAAGCUCCUCAUGAACUCCGAGCAGCGCAUCAACCGGAUCAUGGGCUUUCACAGGCCCGGGAGCGGCGCGGAAGAAGAAACUCAAACAAAAUCAAAGCUGCAGGACAGUGACAAACUGAACUCCCUCGGUGUGCCUUCCGUUUCAAAGAGAGUAGUGCUGGGAGAUUCAGUCAGUGGAGGAGCAGCUGACCAGUCUGGUGGUGUGGAUCCAGGAAUCCAGCUGGGGGACAAACUGGACUCGUUGGUUAAACCACCAGAAUGCAGUAGUGAUGAUGGGGUUGAGCUCCGACAGCGCAACAGAAGUGACCUGACAGACCCGGCCCAGAGGGCGUCUCACCACAGCCUAGAACAGUACCUUUCCAGAUUUGAAGAGGCCAUGAAACUUCGAAAACAGCUGAUCAGCGAGAAGCCUAGCCAGGAGGAUGGAAGUACCACCGAAGAAUUUGACUCUUUCCGAAUAUUUAGAUUGGUGGGGUGUGCACUUCUUGCUCUUGGCGUCAGAGCUUUUGUUUGCAAAUAUUUGUCUAUAUUUGCUCCAUUUCUUACUUUACAACUUGCGUACAUGGGACUAUACAAAUAUUUUCCCAAGGGUGAAAAGAAGAUGAAGACCACAGUGCUGACGGCUGCACUGCUGCUGUCUGGAAUUCCCGCUGAGGUGAUAAAUCGGUCCAUGGACACCUAUAGCAAAAUGGGUGAAGUCUUCACAGACCUGUGUGUAUACUUUUUCACUUUCAUUUUUUGUCACGAACUGCUUGAUUUUUGGGGUCCUGAAGUACCCUGAAACCCAAACAACUUAAAAGACGUUUACAAAGUGAAAACAAUUUCUCUACUGCACUGCAGUGUCUCUAAAGGGGGCAAAUUAGUUUAUAUCUUUAUGGAAUUGUGUUACUUUACAGGAAACCAAUUUAUUAGUUUCCCUGAUUAAAAGGGUUGAAUUUGUAUCACUACUGUUAUGAGUAAUCAAAUAGUAACAACGUCAUUAACAAUUAGAAAUGCAGUCUUCACCUUUCCCCUAACUUCUGAGAUUUAUAAUACCUUUUGUGGGACUGGGCUAGUACUUUAGGGGAGUAGAAAACAUGGUCUUAGCCUGCCUACAGGACCACACUUUCUGUUUGUGUUUCUGUCCUGAGAAGUGAAACCAUCCUAAAAUAAAGUGAAUGCAAUUCAA